AAACCUGGAGAAGAAAUAGGGAAGACUUCGCAAGAGACAGUGUAUCGACAGCGAUUGAAUUGACAUAUUUAGAAGGCAUACAAUUCUUUAUUUUUGCAUGUGGCCUUCAAUUUUGUGGAAAAAUGUUUCAAAACUUAAGCCCCGAUUACGAUUCAUCUUCUCGCUGCAGUACUGCAUCUCCUGCCGGGGACACCCUCACGUACAACCAGCAGUCUCCAGAUGAUUCGUUUUCUGGCACCUCCGCUUCACCGAUGGAGACAACGCAGCAGGAAUGUUCUGAAAUGGAUGCAUCCGAGUCCCCUUUUGUUCCAACGGUGACUGCAAUUUCAACUACCCCUGACUUGCAAUGGAUGGUCCAGCCAACCAUGAUCACAUCCAUCGCUCAAUCCCAUAAAGCACCAAGCGCCGUGCAAGCGACUCACAAAGCAGUCAGAGGCAGAGGACAGACCGCUGUCAGGAAGGCAAAGAACGAGAAGCUCUCCCCGGAAGAGGAAGAGAGGAAGAAGAUCAGGCGGGAGCGGAACAAAAUAGCCGCAGCAAAGUGUCGCAACAGAAGGAAGGAGCUCACCGACACGCUGCAAUCCGAAACGGACGCGCUAGAAGAAGAAAAGGCGGCGCUGCAGGCGGACAUCGCCAGCCUCCAGAAAGAGAAAGAGAGGCUGGAGCUCAUCUUGGCUGCCCACAAGCCAGCCUGCCGAAUUGCUGACGAUCCAGAGGGAGACUUCAGAGAACCCCUGGGGUCGCCCCAGCUCCUUUCGGUCCUGGAGGACGGCAAGCUCCCGGAGAGCAGCGCGCUGGAAUCGACGCCACUCCAGGAGCUGGACGGGUCCGAUGUCCCCCCGGCCACUGCUAUCUCUGGAAACUCCAACAUCCUCCUGUGCUCCAGCGUGGCUGCGAGUGCCAGCGACCUGGAGCCCCCCCUUGACCUGAAAGACGAGCCCCUGGACAAUCUGCUUCCGAGCCUAGGCAAGGUCUCCAUGGAGACGGCACGGUCUGUUCCAGACAUGGACUUGAGCGGGUCCUUGGGGGCCACGGACUGGGAGACCCUCUACAAGUCUGUAUCCAACGACCUGGAGCCUCUGAGCACCCCUGUUUUGACUUCUACCCCCUCCUGCACCAGCUAUUUGUCACUUUUCUCGUUCACCUACCCCGAGUUUGACUCUUCUGCCAAUGUGGACGAGAGCUGCAAAGGCGGAGAGGACAGAACCGAUCUGGUGAUAGAUAUUCUCAAUUCUCCCACCCUCUUGGCGCUGUAAUGUUGAUGCCAUUAGGUAAUCAAUUGGAUGGCACUUGGAAAUUACUGUUGAGGCGAUCUGCCCAUGGGACCUGAUCUCACUUAACAUGACAUGUGUCUUUUGUGAUCAAGCCUUUCAUCCAAAUGUUGUCUUCAUGAAAUGUUUACCUUUGUCAAACCAGUAUUAACAUCUUCUAAACACUUUGGUAUAGGUAAAGCAUGGAUAUGUAUUUCCCGUACAGAGAAUUGAAGUAUACAAAUUUACCAGCAUGCAAAGAGGUGGCAUAGAAUUUGAAAAUACCCUGAUAUUUUAGCUUUGUUUUUUGUUUUAUUUUGAUGUUAGAUAUCUUAAUGUAUUGUGUUGUCCUGUUUUGUGGUUCACUUGAAUUGUAUAUUAAUGUGAAAAAACUGAAUAUAGUGUCCAAAAGUAAUCAUGAAAUUUACUGAAUUUGCAUGCAUAGCUUUUACUGUUCUGUAAUUUCCUGUCAUUUGAAUUCCUUAGUUUUCCAUGAAAACAUUUUGUCUGCUACAUAAUCUGUGAAGAUGAAUUUUAUGACAUAGUUUAUUUUUCUACCUUCAAAGUUUCGACUUGUUUGUCAAACGCAAAAUAAGAGCAUUAAUUGCUUACUAUGAUCAUUAAAUAUAUUUGAAGUGA